AUGCUAGAAAGAGCUUGGCAAGCGAUUGCCAUUGACUUUUUAUCAGCCAAAGAGUUUGCUACUUUCCAAGUCGUAGUGGAUUACUACAGCCGAUAUCUCGAUGUGAUGGAGAUGAAGAGCACGACUGCAUCUAGCCCGAUCGAAGCGCUUGCGAGGAUUUUCAAAGAACAUACGUAUCCUGAAUCAAUUCGUUCGGACAACGGUCCGCCGUUCACAAGCGAACAAUUUUCUCAAUAUUGUGCUAGCAGAAACAUUAAGUUAGUUAAAACUAUAUCUUAUUGGCUUCAGAUGAAUGGUUUGGUGGAAAGGCAGAACCAGGGGAUUUUGAAGACACUACGGAUUUCGAAGGCCCUCAAAUCAGACUGGAGGAAGAGUUUAGACAAGUACGUGUAUAUGUAUAACACUACUCCUCAUUCAGUUACGGAGAAAGCUCCUUUGGAGUUCCUAACUGGACGGCCGGUUGAAGACCUGUUGCCGUCAUUGCGGACAGAUCUCCAUUGGAACCGAGAUGAAGAUAUUCGAGAAAACGAUGCGAUAAAGAACAUGCAAGAGAUGAUAUAUUCGGAUCAUCGAAGGCAUGCAAAAGAUUCGGUGUCGUAA